AACAAUACAGUUAUCCUCCGCCUACUGCAAAAAAGGACAAACAACUAACUAACCGCACUCACUCACUCUCUUUCUCUCUCUCUCUCUAAAACUCCUCUUCCUCUUCAAAAGACUCAGAUCUGAAGCUUACGCCAUUGCUCACUAACAAAUUCCACUGCCAAAUUUUCAACCUCCACAGCUCCAUUUCUGAUUGUGAGGUGGAGUUGAAGUUGAUAUAAUUAAUUAAUGGCAAACUCGUGGCAACAUUAUUUGACCUACGAUCCAUCUCUAUCGCCUGCUGGUGUAAGAUCGAGGGAAUGGGAGGGUCCGUCGAGUUGGACUGAGUAUUUGGGUCCUGAUAUGAGUUUGCCAAUGACAUCGAGGGUGUCUAGGAAAAAGGGUGGUUCAGAUGGACAGGUUCAGAUUUCAUGUGGUGGGUAUCAUAAGGGUUUGAAUUUGGGGUGGGUAGUUCAACUUACUGAAGUAUCUGAAGGUAUUAUGGCGAAAAUGUAUAGAUUGAAUCAAAUAUUGGAUUGUCCGGAUCCAGUUGGUCAAGUGUUUUCGGAAGCAUUUUGGAAAGCGGGUGUGCUCCCAAAUUAUCCGAGGAUUUGCUUAUUGCUCUCGAAAAACUUUCCUGAGCAUUUCAGUAAAUUGCAGCUUGAACGAGUUGAUAAGGUUGCUUUGGAUGCUUUGAAUGAUGGUACUGAAGUUCAUUUGCAGAGUUUGGAGCCUUGGUUCCAGCUACUUCUUGACCUGAUGGCAUUCCGAGAACAAGCUCUGCGACUCAUAUUGGAUCUAAGUAGUACUGUUAUUACCUUGUUGCCCAAUCAGAACUCGCUUAUACUGCAUGCAUUUAUGGAUCUCUUUUGUUCCUUUGUCCGUGUUAAUCUUUUUUCUGAGAAGAUACCGAGGAAAAUGAUGCUACAAAUGUAUAACCUUCUGCAUGCCAUGUCAAGAAAUGAUAGUGACUGUGAUUUCUAUCAUCGGUUGGUUCAAUUUAUAGAUUCUUAUGAUCCACCAUUGAAAGGGUUACAAGAAGAUCUAAAAUUUGUCAGUCCACGUAUUGGAGAGGUUUUAGAGGCUGUGGGCCCUGUCAUUUUCCUAUCUACAGAUUCAAGGAAGCUUAGAAAUGAGGGAUUCCUUAGUCCAUAUCACCCUCGGUAUCCAGAUAUACUGACAAAUUCUGCUCACCCUGUGAGAGCCCAAGAUCUAGCAAAUAUUACUUCUUACAGGGAAUGGGUUCUACUUGGAUAUCUUGUUUGUCCAGAUGAGCUGCUUCGUGUCACUAGCAUUGAUAUCGCUCUGGUCGUACUGAAGGAAAAUUUGAUACUUACUGUAUUCCGGGAUGAGUAUGCACUUUUGCAUGAGGAUUAUCAGCUAUAUGUUUUGCCUCGGAUAUUAGAAUCGAAGAAGAUGGCCAAGUCUGGGCGUACUAAGCAAAAAGAAGCAGAUCUCGAGUACAGUGUGGCAAAGCACGUUGAGAAAAUGAUAAGCGUAGUGCACGAGCAAUCUCUUCUAUCGUGUGAUGCCAUUCACCAUGAGAGGAGAGUAUUAUUAAAACAAGAAAUAGGAAGAAUGGUACUGUUUUUUACUGAUCAGCCAAGUUUAUUGGCUCCAAACAUUCAGAUGGUAUUCUCUGCCCUGGCAUUGGCACAGUCUGAGGUUAUCUGGUAUUUCCAACAUGUAGGAAUUGCAUCAUCAAAAUCUAAAGCUGCUCGAGCAAUACCUGUUGACAUAGAUCCAAGUGAUCCAACUAUUGGCUUUUUACUAGAUGGAAUGGAUCAUCUAUGCUGUCUUGUGCGCAAGUAUAUUGCAGCUAUCCGAGGCUAUGCAUUAUCAUACCUGUCUUCAUGUGCUGGUAGAAUCCGGUUUUUGCUGGGAACUCCAGGAAUGGUGGCUCUUGAUCUUGAUGCUAGUUUAAAAGGGCUUUUCCAACAGAUUGUUCAGCAUUUGGAAAGCAUACCAAAACUGCAGGGUGAAAAUAUUUCCGCCAUCAUGUGUGAUUUAUCUGAGUUUCGCAAGGAUUGGUUGUCAAUAUUGUUGAUUGUCACAUCGGCUAGGUCAUCUAUAAACAUAAGACACUUGGAGAAAGCUACUGUCUCUACUGGAAAGGAAGGCUUACUGUCAGAAGGAAAUGCUGCAUACAAUUGGUCCAGAUGCGUUGAUGAAUUAGAGUUGCAAUUAUCAAAGCAUGGAACUCUUAAAAAGCUGUAUUUUUACCAUCAGCACCUUACAGUAGUCUUUCGGAACACCAUGUUUGGACCAGAAGGACGUCCUCAGCAUUGCUGUGCAUGGCUUGGUGUUGCUAGUAGCUUUCCAGAGUGUGCUUCUCCAAUUAUUCCAGAAGAGGUAACGAAAAUUGGGCGAGAUGCAGUCCUAUAUGUUGAGUCUCUUAUUGAAUCUAUCAUUGGAGGAUUGGAGGGAUUAAUCAAUAUUCUCGAUUCUGAAGGAGGAUUUGGUGCCUUAGAGGCUCAGCUUCUUCCAGAGCAGGCUGCUUUUUAUUUGAAUGACACAUCCAGAGUUUCAAUUCCUACAUCAAAAUCUACCAAGGGAGCAGUUGGCUUUCCUUUGCCUGGCCAUGAGAGCUACCCUGAAAAUAAUAGUGCUAUAAAAAUGUUGGAAGCUGCGAUGCAAAGGUUGGCCAACUUGUUUUCAGUUCUGAAUGAUAUGGAGCCUAUAUGUGUUCUAAACCAUGUCUUUGUUCUGAGGGAGUACAUGAGAGAGGGCAUACUUGGCAACUUCAGGAGGAGAUUGCUUGCAGUAUUAAAAGCUGACAAUGAUCUUCAACGGCCUUCUGUCCUAGAGUCCUUGAUUCACAGGCACUUGAACAUUGUCUAUCUAGCAGAGCAACAUAUCAGCAUGGACCUUACUCACGGUAUUCAAGAAGUUCUACUAAUUGAGGCCUUCUCAGGACCUGUGUCUUCUCUUCACUUGUUUGAAAAACCAGCAGAGCAGCUUACUGGGUCGGCCACUGAAGUUGUCUGCAACUGGUACAUCGAAAACAUUGUCAAGGAUGUAUCAGGUGCUGGAAUCCUUUUUACACCAAUCCACAAAUGCUUUAAAAGCACGAGGCCUGUUGGUGGAUAUUUUGCAGAGUCUGUCACCGAUCUCAGAGAAUUGCAGGCCUUUGUUCGUGUAUUUGGUGGCUAUGGCGUUGACAGGCUAGACAGAAUGAUGAAAGAGCACACAGCAGCACUAUUGAAUUGCAUUGACACAUCAUUACGGUCAAACCGUGAAGUGUUAGAGGCUGUUGCAGGCAGCAUGCAUUCUGGUGACAGAAUAGAAAGAGAGGCAUGCUCGAGGCAGAUGGUGGACUUGGACACAGUGAUUGGAUUUUGCGUUGAGGGAGGACAAGCACUUGCUUUUGAUCAGCUUCUUGCUGAAGCAGCUGGGGUCGUGCUUGAUGAGGGUGCACCCUUGAUAUAUUCACUACUGUCUGGGGUGGUUAAGCAUAUACCCGAACAUAUAUCUGAAAAGAAGGAAAUCAGAAGAAUAAGAGGGGUGGCAAACAGUCUUAAUAUAGUUGGAGAUCAUGAUUCGGAAUGGAUCAGAUCAAUUCUAGAGGAUGUUGGGGGUGCAAAUGAUGGUUCUUGGACAUUGUUGCCUUAUUUAUUUGCCACCUUCAUGACAUCAAAUAUAUGGAAUACAACUGGCUUCAAUGUUGAUACAGGGGGCUUCAACAACAAUAUCCAUUGUCUGGCAAGGUGCAUGAGUGCUGUGAUUGCUGGUAGUGAGAUAGUGAGAUUGGAACGCGAACAUCAGCAGAGACGACAGUCUCUCUCCAGUGGCCAUCUUGAUGAGGCUUUGGAUCCUGAAAUACAUAGCCGUUUGUCUGCUGAAGCACGUAUAAAGUCUGCAAUGCAGCUUUUUGUCAAAUUUGCAACUGGUAUUGUGCUAGAUUCUUGGAGUGAAGCCAAUAGAUCUAAUCUUGUAGCAAAGCUGAUUUUCUUGGACCAACUUUGUGAGAUCUCACCGUAUCUUCCAAGAAGCUCCCUCGAAGCCUAUGUUCCGUAUGCAAUUCUCCGUUCAAUUUAUAGCCAGUACUACUCAAAUUCUCCAUCCAUGACUCUGGCACUACUAAGUGUCUCACCCCGCCAUUCACCUGCUGUAUCACUGUCUCACACAUCUCCUGCAGUGAACCAUUUUUACGAUAUGGAUAGUGGAAGCCUUCGCAGCACGGAUAAUAAACAUCGAAAUGUUCGCCGCUCUGGGCCUUUGGAUUAUAGUUCAAGCAGAAAAGUUAAACUUGUCGAAGGCUCAACUUCUGGGAGCACAGGUCGUAGUCCACUACCACGGUUUGAAGUCUCAAGAUCUGGGCCUUUAAUGUACAAGUAGAAAACGGUGAAAAUGGCAGGGUCAGGAGUGUUGAUAAAUUAUCAGCUCCUUGUCAAUCAGACAAGUUUUGCAUCCUGUAAAUGUCAUAAUUCUUUGUUCUUAUGUUCCUCGUCGCGCUGCACCUAAUGAUAUAAAUUAAUGCCCUUUGCGAGAGCAAGAUGUUGUGAAUUUAGUUGCUCAGGCCGUAGAAUCAGCACUCCUCGACUUGUGUCAUUUACGAUACACAUGCAGAUAGAAUUUUAU